AUGGGAAACCUCUUAGACCUACGCACUCAGACAUACGUCAUGGACCUCAUUCAGGAGUUUGGCCUGGAGGUCUACACACAAUACACCACAGGCAAGAAAGUACACCACGUUGGUGGUCCUAAUGCCAAGGUUCGCACCAGCAGCACCAGUAUCCCUGCCCUCUCUACACUGGUGCUACUGGACCUGUCACAGCUCGUCUGGAAGAUUGACAGGUUGAGUUCCACAGUGUCAGUGGAGGACCCCAUGAAGACCCCCAAUGCCCAGGAGUUGGACAGUAUGACCCUACAUUCCUACAUAGAGAAACAUGCCUGGACAGAAGCAGCUGGAGGUGUCCUGUGCCUGCUGGAGAGCACCCCAGGCUCAGCACAGGAGUUCAGGGUCAAGGGGGGAACCCAGCAGCUGUCAGAGCGUUUAGCCCAGCAGAUUGGGUGGGAGAGUGUCCGGCUGGGCAAGGCUGUGACGGCCAUAUGGCAGGACGCUGAGCAGGCCAUGGUGAUGACAGCCACCCACUCCUACCUGUGCAGAGCAGUGAUUGUCACCUGCCCUCCUCACCUGGCAGCUAAGAUCCACUACCAACCUGCUCUACCCAUUCAGAGAGAACACCUCACACAGAACAUGCCUGUUGGGCACUUGAUGAAGUUUGUCAUCACCUACCAGAUGGCGUUCUGGCGUGAGAAGGGUUUCUCGGGAGAGAUAGUGGCACGACCCUCUGCGGAGUGUCCCUUGAGUGUCACCUUCGACGGCACCAGUCCCAGUGGGAGUGCUGCUAUCGUUGGCUUCAUCUCUGGUGUGCAGGCCUACGAUUGGAGCUCCAGAGAGGACUGGGCCAUGGAGGAGUACAGCGGGGGUUGUCCUGUUAAUGUCAUGGCACCGGGGCUGCUGACAUAUUACCACCCCAGCCUCUGCACGCCCUGUGGCAGGAUCCACUGGGCCGGCACGGAGACGGCCACCCAGUGGUGUGGCUAUAUGGAUGGGGCAAUUCAGUCAGGUCAGAGGGCAGCCCUAGAAGUACUAGCCAGGCUGUGCCCUUUCACCCUGACCCAGGAGGAGCAGGAGGCUGUGCAGGCUGCCCAGAACCAGAACCAUGAGUCUGGACCAUGCCAACACAUACCUUCCACAUCCCAUCUCCGCAGGGCUCUGAUCCUCACCACGCUCAUCAUGGCCACUGCUGUACUAUUGGCUCAGCUACAGCUCUGCCGAGACUGGAUUGGACAGGCUCGGCAGGUAGUGCUACGAAGGUUUGCUUUGUGGUAA